AUGCACGUCCUAAAGCUUUUCCAAGUGGUCCUGGUUCUCAUAUUGGCCGUUUUGGUUACAAAUUCUAUGGCUCAGGGAUAUGAAGAGUUCAUGGGCCCAUAUGAUGGUCUCUCAUCUUGGGGAAAGAGAUCAGAUCUUGGCUAUGAGUUCCCUCAGUUCAAAGGACUUCGUGGUAUGCGGGGAAAACGCGUUUACUACAACAUGAAAGGCUUACGAGGAAAACGAGAUGUUUAG